AUGGCAUCUGGAAUAACUGUUGAGUUUCAUAAUGGUCUCAACUUCCCGAUUGAAUUAGUUAUGACACAAAACAAUGUCGCACCUCAACAGGCAGCUACAAUUCCAACAGGCCACCAUUUUUCCUAUGAUGUUCCACAAGGAUUUGCUGGAAAUUUCAAACAUAGCUGGGCUGGUAAAGGCAUAACACUAUUUGAAAUAUCAGUUCGAACACAUGAUGCGAACACUUACUAUGAUUUGAGUGUCAUCGAUGGUUUCAAUGUGCCCAUCAAAGUUUAUGCUCCAGAUGGAACACGGAUUCAAGCAUUGCAUUCAGGAGCACCUGACGCUUAUCUGUAUCCGACAGACGAUAGUAAAACGCAUGGUUUAACAGGAAAUGGAAAAUUCGUGGUUGUGUUCGAAUGGUAA